GUAUAAAUAAAUGCGAGAGAGAAUAGUGAUUCUAAUAGGAUUCUGAUUCCCUACAUCUCCCAUAGGAACCAAAUCAACGGAAUCUUCACGUAGUUGGAACCGUACCGGCGGCUAAAGAAGGCAGUACAAUGGGGAAUGUAACGGCUGACGUGGAGGCGACGCCGCCCUCGGCGGCGGCGGAGGAGGUGUGCGCGGUGAGGCAGGUGGAUCUGACGGUGCCGAAGACGGACGACCCCACCCUGCCGGUGCUGACGUUCCGGAUGUGGGUCCUCGGGGUGGCCUCGUGCGUCCUGCUGUCGUUCGUCAACCAGUUCUUCUGGUACCGGACGGAGCCGCUGAUGGUGACGGCGAUCUCCGCGCAGAUCGCGGUGGUCCCGCUGGGCUACCUCAUGGCGCGGCUGAUCCCCGCCACCGUGUUCUUCAAGGGGACCCGGGUGCAGUUCAGCCUGAACCCGGGGCCCUUCAACGUGAAAGAGCACGUGUUGAUCACCAUAUUCGCCAAUGCCGGCGCCGGAACGGUUUACGCCACCCACAUAUUGAGCGCCGUGAAGCUGUACUACAAGAGGCCCCUUGGCUUCUUCCCUGCUCUUCUUGUCAUGCUCACCACCCAGAUGUUAGGUUAUGGGUGGGCUGGAGUUUUCCGUAAGCACCUUGUCGAGCCAGGGGAAAUGUGGUGGCCCGGCAACCUUGUACAAGUCUCUUUGUUCAGGGCACUUCACGAGAAGAAGGAGAAGAAGACGGGAGAGAAAAGGGGCACAAUUAGUCGAACCAAAUUCUUUCUCAUAGCCUUAACCACCAGCUUCCUCUACUACAUCUUCCCCGGCUUCCUCUUCCAGAUGCUAACCUCCCUCUCAUGGCUCUGCUGGCUCGCCCCCAACUCCGUCACCGUCAACCAGCUCGGCUCCGGCAUGCAGGGCCUGGGCCUCGGCGCGGUGGGCCUCGACUGGUCCACCAUCUCCUCCUACCUCGGGAGCCCGCUCGCCAGCCCGUGGUUCGCCACCGCCAACGUGGCCGCCGGAUUCUUCCUGGUCAUGUACGUCGUCACCCCCCUCUCCUACUGGCUCGACCUCUUCCACGCCAAGAACUUCCCCAUCUACUCCAACGACCUCUUCCAGCUCGACGGCUCCCGCUACAACACCUCCGCCGUCAUCAAUUCCCAUUUUGCCCUCGACCGGCAGGCGUACGACCGCGCCGGGCCCCUCUACCUCUCCACCUUCUUCGCCAUGAGUUACGGCAUCGGGUUCGCGACCCUCUCCGCCGUCGUGGUGCACGUCCUCCUAUUCAAUGGCAGGGACAUAUGGAGUAAGACGAAGAAGGCGUUCGGGGGAGAAUCGAAAGAGGACAUACACACGAGGCUGAUGAGGGCAUACAAGGAGGUUCCGAUGUGGUGGUUUGUUGUCAUUCUCGUUGUCAACCUUGUUGUCAUCCUUUACACGUGCAUGCAUUACGAAGAGACACUGCAGUUGCCCUGGUGGGGGGUGUUUUUGGCAUGCGCCAUUUCCCUCUUCUUCACUCUUCCCAUUGGUAUCAUUUGUGCCACUACUAACCAGAUGCCCGGGUUGAAUGUGAUCACGGAAUACAUAAUCGGGUACGCGUACCCGGGUCGACCCGUGGCCAACAUGUGCUUCAAAGUGUACGGAUACAUUAGCAUGAUUCAAGCACUUUCGUUUGUUGGGGAUUUCAAGCUCGGCCAUUACAUGAAAAUCCCCCCUAGGACUAUGUUCACCGUCCAGCUGGCUGGAACGGUGAUCUCGGUGUUGGUCUACACUCUAACGGCGUGGUGGCUGAUGGAGACUGUCCCCAACCUCUGCGACACCCUCCACCUACCGGCGAACAGCCCGUGGAAAUGCCCGAUGGACCACGUCUUCUACGAUGCCUCCGUCAUCUGGGGGCUGGUGGGCCCCCAGAGGAUAUUCGGCAACCUCGGCGGGGUAUACCCCAAGAUCAACUGGUUCUUCCUCGGGGGCGCGGUCGCGCCCCUUCUGGUCUGGCUGGCAGCCCAGGCCUGGCCGGACCAGAAAUGGAUCCGGGGAAUAAACAUCCCCGUCCUGUUGGGCGCGACCGCGAUGAUGCCGCCCGCAAGCGCGGUCAACUACACGAGCUGGAUCGUGGUCGGGUUCGUGUUCGGGUUCGGGGUGUACCGGUACAAGCCCAAGUGGUGGGAGCGCUACAACUACGUGCUGUCGGGCGGGUUGGACGCGGGGACGGCGUUUAUGACCAUAUUCAUAUUCUUUGUGUUCCAGUCGAGAGGGGUUAGUUUGAACUGGUGGGGUAAUAAUGUGGAUGGUUGCCCUCUCGCUUCUUGCCCUACAGCUAAAGGGAUCCUCGCGGACGGAUGUCCUGCCAGAUGAUGACACACACGCAUAGAGUUUUAAAAUUGUGGCAUUUAUAGUUCAUCUUCGGAGAUGCAUUAUGUGAUUGGUACAUUUUAGAUGUGACAAAUAUUUAGUGUUCAGUAAUACUUCUUCUUAUUAUGGGUAACAUUUAUUUCUUUCGUCUCAAUUUAAUUUGUUUGUUUGGAAGUACAUUCAAACUAAUUUACUUGAUAUUUGGUGUGUUACAUUAAGAGUUCUCUCAAUUAAGAAGUGACAUGGUU